AGCCAAAAGCCAAAUACAAGACUGAAUGAUGUGAAGAACAAAGGUUCUCUUGAGAGCUGAGCCCAAGUCAAUUAGGCACUGAAUAAUUGAAGUAUAAACGAUGAUGGUGUGAAUGAGGGAAUAAGCUUUUACCAGAGAGAUGUUCAAGCUUUCAUAGAUUUUCUGAGAACUCCAGCUGAUGGUCAUCCACAAGUAAAUUCUUAUAAAAAUAAGAAUGAGCACGUCAACAUGUUGUGUGUUUAAGAAGUACAUGUCCGAGUGGUGUGUGUGUGACACCCCAAGAACCCACCUUUUUAAGGGUUGGUGGUGGUGAAACCUUGGGGAAAUGGCUGGUUCUGGAGGUGGCGGCGGCGUGCCUACUCUGCCACCGCCUCAGCCCAAAUCGCCGCCGCGGUACCCGGAUUUGUACGGGAAGCGCCGGGAAUUGGCCAGGGUCCAGAUGCUUGAGAGGGAAAUUGGCCUUCUUCAGGAAGAAUUGAAAUUUGUGGACCGCCUACAACCUGCUUCCCGCUCAUGUAAAGAGGUCACCGAUUUUGUGUUAGCCCAUCCGGAUCCUCUUUUGCCAACAAUCAAGAAAACCAGGAGAUGCUCUCGGAUCUGGAAAUGGAUAUGCGGGGCGUCAUGUUUCAGCAUGUCAUGGAUAUGUUGUUGUCCCUACCAUCUUCCUGCAUCAGCUGCUGCUCUCCGUCAUGCACCAAAUGCCCUUCUCCAUCAUGCCCCAGCUGCUCCUCUGCGUGCAAGGUGGGUCCCACCUGCUGCUCGUUGCCCAAAUGUGGGCGUUGCUGCUCUUGCCGGGAUGCAACAUCUUCUGGUUGCUGCAGCAACAAGUGCUGCUGGACUUGUUCUUGCAGUAGCUGCUGUACGCCGAAAUGCCCGAACCCUUCUUUUUCUUCGUGUUUUAAGUGCUCCUGCCGCUGCAAAUGCAGCGGCAGAUGCUGCAGCUGCUGUUUUCCGGUCAAAUGUCCAAAGCUAAAUUGUUGCAGCUGCAGCAGCUGCUGUACAAAUUGCUCCUCAUGCUGCUGCAAUCCUUUUAACUUGUGUUGUUUCUAGUACAUGUUCUUCAAUCAUCUGAAACAUUUUUUUGCAUAAUGUCUCCAAAAUUACAUCAGUGUUAAAUGUAUAUUCAAAGUUGUUCACUUGAAGUUCGGUUUGCGAAGAAGGAAAACGACUUUAAAAUUUUUGAAAAUAAUCCAGAAAAUACACACACGUCUUGAUGAACGAUUUGAUCUGGCCAUCAACGCUAAUGUGUGUUUUUUUUGUUAUCAAGAAAGUCAUUUUCACUUUCUUUUGUUUAGCUGAGACAAUGAAAAUGAAUCACUUCAUGGUAG